AUCCAUCACGAAAUUAACUCUUUAGCUUGAGCUCCUCAACAAUGGCGGAGCAACAGAAGAGUGAAUUCUCAGAAUCAGCAACAGCAGCCCACAAAGCCCACUGUUUGGUUGUCCCGGUUCCAGGGCAAGGGCACAUCAGCCCAGUCCUCCAAUUCUCCAAGCGCUUAAUCCCCAAACGAAUCCGGGUCACCAUCGCCCCGACCCGAUUCAUCGCCAACACCGCCACCCUCACCGUCGCCGCCGGGAGCGACAUCCAUCUCCGCCCCAUCUCCGACGGCUACGACGAAGGCGGAAUCGCUUCCGCCGAGGACGGCCAGACCUACUUCGACACGUUCCAGCGAGUGGGUUCCCAAACCCUGGCCGAUCUAGUCCGUCAACAAAGGAAUUCAGGCCACCCUGUUCACUGCAUCGUCUACGACCCUCACCUUCCUUGGUGUCUCGACGUCGCCAAAGCCUUCGGCCUCAUCGGAGUCGCCUUCUUCACUCAAUCAUGCGCCGUCGACGCCAUCUUCUACCAUGUUCAUCACGGUCUCCUCAAUCCUCCCGUCCAAACCCCAGAAACCCUAACAAUUCCUGGAUUGCCGCCAUUGAAGCCUCGAGAUCUUCCUUCUUUCGUGCACGACGCGUCGUACCCGGCCUUCCUCGCCGCGCUCGUGGGUCAAUUCUCCAAUAUUCACAACGCCGAUUGGGUUCUCUGCAAUUCGGUUUACGAGUUGGAAACAGAGGCGGCGGAUUUGCUUGCGAAGCUCUGGCCCAAUUUCAAAACAAUUGGGCCGACUAUACCGUCGUUUUAUGCCGACAACCGAUUGGUCGGCGAGAAAGACUACGGUGUCAGCUUCUUCAAGCCGGAGAAUGGAGCUUGCAAUGAUUGGCUUCGUACCAAGCCGAAAGGGUCUGUUGUGUACGUGUCAUUCGGAAGCAUGGCCGAUUUGGGAACAGAGCAAAUGGAGGAACUCUGUUUCGGGUUGAAGAAUAGUAACCAUUACUUCUUGUGGGUGGUGAGGGAAUCCGAAGAGGCCAAGCUUCCUCAGAGGUUUAAGUCCGAAACCGCGGAGAAAGGGCUAAUCGUGUCGUGGUGUUCGCAGCUGGAGGUGCUGGCGAGCGGGGUCGUGGGGUGUUUUGUGACGCAUUGCGGGUGGAAUUCGACGAUGGAGGCUUUAAGCUUGGGAGUGGCCAUGGUGGCCAUGCCGCGGUGGACUGACCAGACGACCAAUGCUAAGUUUAUAACGGAUGUUUGGGGAGUGGGAGUGAGAGCUGAAGGUGAGAACGGGGUGGUGAAGAGGGAAGAGAUUGAGAGAUGUGUGAGGCAAGUCAUGGAGGGAGAGAAAGGAGAAGAGAUUAGGAAGAAUGGUGAGAAGUGGAGAAAGUUGAUGCAGGAGGCUGUUAGUGAAGGUGGAAGUUCUGAUAGAAACAUUAACGUGUUUGCUCAAAGCUUAAUACUUUCUUCCCAGAACAAUGCUUAGAACUGGGGUGUACCAUACUUUGUUGUAUCCAUUAUGUUAUUCAAUUAAAAAAUUUGUGAUUUUUGAAGAAAGAACUUAUCAUCAUAUCGGUUGAACGCGAAAAUCUGACAGGACGGAGUUCAAUUCGACCACUCUUUGUUGGAAGGGUCUGAUAAUUUCAUUGCUUGGAGUGGAAGAAAUGGAUGUUAAAAGGACGAAGUUUCAAAUUAUCAUUCUAACAUCAUCUCAAUGUCCGACUCAUUUCAAUAUUCACACAUCCAAACAACCCCAGUUAGUUGCAACCAUGCCAUUUCCACUCUAUACAGAUGAAGAAAAGCAGGCUCCUGUUAUCAAACAAUACCAGUAAAAAUGCUGUCUUCGAGCCUUCCAAAUAGAGAAAGGAAUGUGAAAUGGACGUUAUACCAACCACAACCCUAAAAAUGAAAAAGAAACAGACAUAUGAACUUGAGAUUCAGCUCAAGCUAAGAAGUCAAAACUACUAAUGAAUGGUUUCUCAAUCA